AUGAGUGCAAGAGGAGUGGUCAAGUGGGUACGGUGCACGUUCGCCCUCGAUGUUCGUUCGUUGGCGCUGUGGCGGGUCACAUCGGCUGUGCUACUGCUCGCCGACGUGGCCUGGCGUGCGCGGGACGGCGACGUCUACGCCCUGCUCACGGACUGGGGCGUGUGGCCGGCCGCCCACGCGACCCAGUGGAACGCCUACAUCGUGAGCCUGCACUUUGCCAGCGGCACGCCCGCCUUCCAGGCCCUCAUGCUGUGUCUCUCUGCAGCCUGCUCCCUGUGCCUGCUGGUCGGCUAUCGUACCCGCCUGGCCUCCUUCUUCUCAUGGGCUCUCCUCACCUCCCUCCACAACCGCAACCAAAUGACACAAAACGCGGGCGACGAGUACUUCAGACUGUUGCUGCUGUGUUCAGUCUUCCUUCCGCUCGGCUCUUGUUUCUCGGUGGACUCGGCGCUCGACCUCGCACCCGAGUCGCCAACGCGAGCGCCACCCUACGACGACAAGGCCCACAAGAAGACAAAUGCGCCUAGCGCGGCAUCGCCCAGAUACCGCUUCCUCUCGGGCUGGACCUUCGCAUUCAUGUUCCAGGUGCUGAUCCUCUACGUGUGCACGGCGCUCCUCAAGACCGGCGAGGCCUGGUGGAACGGCCAGGCCGUCUACUACGCCCUCUCGCUGGACGUGUACGCCACGCGCCUGGGCCUCUUCAUCCGCCAGUUCCCGUUCCUCACCGCACUCUUGACCUGGGGCACCAUCUCCUUCGAGUGGAUUGGUCCGAUGCUUCUGGUCUUUCCGGUUCACUCCGAGCUGGUGAGACUGCUGGCUGUGGUGGGCUUCUGCUUGCUCCACCUGGGCUUUGGGAGCUGCCUCACCCUGGGCCUGUUCAUGUGGAUCCCUCAGGCGGCCAUGUGCGCCCUGCUACCUCCGCUGUUCUGGGACCACGUCAUGCACCGCCUGCAAACCCCCGCCCGGCGCGGACUUCGCAUCUACUACGCAGAUGAGGCUCUGCUGUUUGUGCGGAUCAUGUGCACAUUCUUCCUGCUGCCCGGGACGAAGGUGUGUUCCCUCGGCCACACGGCACUGGCCGCAGCCCGAGCCGAUGGGAGUGAAGUCAACGAGGAAGAGCUCGGCCCUAGGGAUGUAGAGGACCAGACCAACGCCCGGGGCGCGUCGUGGGACCGCGGCCAGCAGUGGCUGGUCGCGGUGAACCACCGGGGCGAGGUCACCCGGGGCCGCGAGGCCGUGCUCUGCAUCCUCGCGCGCUCACCUCUCCUCUUUGCCCUGCCCCCGAUCGUGCGGCUGCUACGUCGCCUGCUGGCGCAGUUGGGCUGUUGUCCGACCACCAGCCACCAGCGACGGAGCGGUGGAGCGUUGAGGCCGGCGCUGCGGGUGCCGUGGCGCAGGAACAAGUGGCGCAGGAACUACACCGGGUGGCGCCAGCACUGCCUGGCGGUCCUGUUCGUGCUCUUCACUCUCAACUGGAACGCGGCGCUCGAACCCGGCAGAGCCUACUUCGACGGGCCGCUCGUGCAGAUCGUCGGCAGCGUCCUUCGGUUGGACCAGUUCUGGGGCAUGUUCGCGCCCUUCCCCCUCAUCGAAGACGGAUGGUACCAGACUACACCGUAUCUCUUCACGGGCUUCCGCCUGACCGGCGACGAGACGGGCGACCUGAUCUCGCUCGCCAAGCCGGAUAUCGCGUCCGACUUCUACCCCUCCCAGCGGUGGUCCAAGCUCUUCGACAACCUGCGCCCCGACUCGGCCGAUCUGCUGCGACUCGGGUUCGGGCGUUACAUCUGCCGCGAGUGGAACCUGCACGCGGGCAACCCGCCGGAGAAGCGGCUGGUGCGCUUCGACAUGGACUACAUGGCCGAGCUCACCCUCCCCGAUCAGCGCACCGCUCCCAUCGAGCGGCUCACUCUCUGGCGACACCUGUGUUGA